AUGAAGUCUUGGAUGUCGGCGCCAUCACCAACUCAACACCAGCACCGCUACCCCACACGUUCAUCUCCGGUGACACCUGCACCCACAACACCUGUGCGCAGCGAGAGUCUUUUCCACCUCCGGGCCGACUUCAAUGUCAAGGAGACUGUCUGCUGUCGGGACAGCAACGGGAAACGUCUUGCUCAGUGUGUGUUUGAAGGCUCAAGUUGGGAUGUCCUCAAGGUGCAAAUCUUUGCAUACUGCCCGCCACACGUUGAGUACAAGGCUACACACGAAGGGGAGCCUCGUGUCUGGACGAUCGAGAGCGAAAAACCCACCAUCGCCGACUUUGACACGUUCAUCAUGCUCAAGAUGGGACGAUACUUUUUCAAGCCGGGCAACAGCAAUCAGGCGCAUCGUUACCUGGUAGAGCACCAGGAUCACACGUUCUCUGUUGUCGUUCUCAAGUGGGGCAGUUUGGUGUCCACAUCCACCGACUUGCAAGGCCUCCAAGAGCAAUGUAUUCGUCCCCAAGUUCAAGAUCGAUCUGGAGCUGCCGCCGAAAGUGCCCACAGCCAAAUGCGUACAUCCUGA